AGAGGUGGGACCUGCAGUUCAGACCGUUGCGAACGUUGCUGUGACAGGGUAUCGGAGAGAAAGACUCUUCGGGAGCAUCUUAGGGCCAUAAUUAGUUAAAACGAGGAGGGGAGAGGGGAGAGUUUAGGAAGGGGGCUGGAUGUUCAUGAGAGGCGGGGGAAAAAACCCUCCUGAGGUAACGACCUCCUGAGGUGACUCCCCCCAAUAGAGCCUCGGCCCCACUUUUGCCUUUUCCUCUAACCCAAAGGAAAAUUGAACUGAACCUGCCAAAGGGGACAUUAAUUCUGGAGAAAACUGGUGGGAGUGGUGCAGUGUGUACAAGCUUUCAAGGGAGGCCAGACCUCUCCCCAAGUGUUAUCAGAAAACUCCCAAUCCUCACCCUGUGCGAACCCUACUCAAUAGUCAUCUUGACAGGGACACAUAUCCUUUAGCCUUCCCGGAGCUUGUGGGAGAGUCAUGUCAUCUACCAAAGGUACCGCCAUCGGCAUCGAUCUGGGCACCACCUACUCCUGCGUGGGAGUGUUCCAGCAUGGCAAGGUGGAGAUCAUUGCCAAUGACCAGGGCAACCGAACCACCCCCAGCUAUGUGGCCUUCACAGACACAGAGAGACUCAUUGGAGAUGCAGCCAAAAACCAGGUGGCCAUGAAUCCUCAGAACACAGUCUUUGAUGCCAAAAGGCUGAUUGGUCGCAAAUUUGGAGAUUCCGUGGUACAAUCCGAUAUGAAGCACUGGCCCUUCCAGGUGAUAAAUGAUGGAGGUAAGCCUAAAGUUCAAGUGUCCUACAAAGGUGAAAACAAGGCCUUCUAUCCUGAGGAGAUCUCCUCCAUGGUGUUGACCAAAAUGAAGGAGACUGCGGAGGCCUACUUGGGUCAUGCAGUCACCAAUGCAGUCAUCACUGUCCCAGCCUAUUUCAAUGACUCUCAACGCCAGGCCACCAAGGAUGCUGGAGUGAUUGCUGGCCUGAAUGUGCUGAGAAUCAUCAAUGAACCUACAGCAGCUGCCAUUGCUUAUGGACUAGAUAAAGCUAGUCAGGGAGAGCGACAUGUACUGAUCUUUGAUCUGGGUGGGGGCACUUUUGAUGUCUCCAUUCUUACCAUUGAUGAUGGGAUUUUUGAGGUGAAAGCCACUGCAGGAGACACCCACCUGGGUGGGGAGGACUUUGAUAAUCGACUAGUAAAUCACUUUGUUGAGGAAUUCAAGAGAAAACAUAAGAAAGAUAUUAGCCAGAACAAGCGGGCUGUGAGAAGACUUCGAACAGCCUGUGAAAGGGCUAAGAGAACCCUGUCUUCCAGCACCCAAGCCAAUCUUGAAAUUGACUCCUUAUUUGAAGGCAUUGACUUUUACACUUCUGUCACCAGGGCAAGGUUUGAAGAGCUGUGCUCAGAUCUGUUCCGGGGUACCCUGGAGCCUGUAGAGAAAGCCCUGCGAGAUGCCAAGAUGGACAAAGCCAAAAUCAAUGACGUUGUCCUUGUGGGUGGCUCCACCCGAAUCCCCAAAGUACAGAAACUACUGCAGGAUUUCUUCAAUGGCAGAGACCUGAACAAGAGCAUCAACCCUGAUGAGGCUGUAGCCUAUGGAGCAGCAGUGCAGGCAGCCAUUCUGAUGGGUGAUAAAUCAGAGAAAGUGCAGGACCUGUUGCUGUUGGAUGUGGCUCCCCUUUCCCUGGGGCUGGAGACAGCAGGAGGUGUGAUGACAGCACUGAUCAAACGCAACUCCACCAUCCCCACCAAACAGACCCAGAUCUUUACCACCUAUUCUGACAACCAGCCGGGUGUACUGAUCCAGGUAUAUGAGGGAGAACGGGCCAUGACCAAGGACAACAACCUUCUGGGUCGUUUUGACCUGAGUGGCAUUCCCCCUGCUCCCCGUGGUGUCCCCCAGAUUGAGGUAACCUUUGAUAUAGAUGCCAAUGGAAUUCUGAAUGUCACAGCUAUGGAUAAGAGCACAGGCAAAGCCAACAAGAUCACCAUCACUAAUGAUAAAGGUCGCCUGAGCAAGGAAGAAAUUGAGCGAAUGGUGCGUGAUGCAGAAAAAUAUAAAUCAGAAGAUGAGGCCCAGAGGGAGAAAGUUGCUGCUAAAAAUGCUCUGGAAUCUUAUGCCUUCAACAUGAAGAAUGCAGUGAGUGAGGAAGGCUUAAAGGGAAAGAUCAGUGAAGAUGACAAGAAAAAAGUGUUAGAUAAAUGCCAAGAAGUCCUUUCCUGGCUGGAGUCCAAUCAGCUAGCUGAGAAGGAAGAGUAUGAGCAUAAGAGGAAAGAAUUAGAGCAGGUGUGUAAUCCUAUCAUCACUAAGCUCUAUCAAGGAUGUGAGGGAGGCAUGGGGGGCACUUGUGGAUAUGUUCCUCCCAAAGGACCCCCCUCUGGCCCCACUAUUGAGGAAGUGGAUUAGUAGCCUCAUCCAUGUGGGAUUAGAGGACCCUGAGGAGCCUCUAGCCCACUUUUGCCUCUUGCCCCAUUUCCCCAGCACCAGUUGUGCCUUCUGAAUUGACUGCAUCUGUAUCACAAUUGUCCUUGACCAUCCUAGAAGGAUUUUGGGGAUUACUUUUCUGUUUCCACAUCUCACAAUGCUGUUUGGACACUGGAAUAGUACUCUUAGAAUAACAAGGCCUUUUUUGGACUAGUUAGGUGAAUUUGAAUUUCUGUUUAUUUUUAAUCUGGCCCUGGAUUUUGUUUUCCGUCCAGGGAGUUGAGUUGUUUAUUGCUCAAUAAAUUUGUGCUUAAAGGAAAA